AUGUCUGAAGACGAAGAUGACGUACCUCGUCUCCUUCGAGAUCGUCGCAUAAAAGCCGUCAAAGACAGAUUCCGUCGAGAACCAACAGACUACAAGCCACGCAGCCUCAAAGCUAAUAAUAAUCCACAAGUCAACGAACUCCGCGCGAUUGAGGCUUUACCAGCCAGAUCUCGAAGAAAUCUCAAUGAUAUAUCACCAAACGGCAAAAAAGUCUAUGAUCUCUUAACAGCAUUUGAAAGGGGUGCUGUGGGCGCUUUGGAAGAAGCGGGAGAGCUACUUUGGGCGCAGAUUUUUGCGGAGCCGGAUUUUAGUCAAAGUCCUAGGAGGGAGCCAACAUCAAACACAAGAGCUUUGGCUAGGAUUGCCUCAAAUGCGAAUACUGAAGUCAGGCAGAAGGCUAGUAAAAAGCCUACGAAACAAUCGCCUGCCGAAGAAAUAAUUUCUACCAAUGCUACCUCAAAUGCUUUUGCCGGUUCUCCUCAGAAAUCUUGGAUGACGACAGGAGUUUCAGUAUCACCAAGCCCACGACGUGUUAGCAAUUCACCAACCAACAAGGACAGGAACAACGAUUCUACUAGCUUUGAAUGCCAGUCUGUCGCACCUUCGAUUUCAUUUUACUCUGCACAGGCUAGUCACCAAAACCCGAUUCAUACAUCUGCUUCUGUCAACCAAGUGCCUGGAGGUUCGCCAGAUAUCUACAAUAGCGGUGUGUAUACACCUUGGCCAUUGCGGUCCACAUCCCACGAAAAUCAAUAUGCAACUUUGCAUUCGGUUCAGGCUUCUGGAAGCUUCAUUCCAUCUGUUCCAGAAAGAAGGGACUCAGCACAGGGUCAAAUGCCGCGUUCUGAUUACGACCCAAGAUUGGGAAGUGAUAGAACUGAUCGUGACCCAUCAUUGGAGAAUCUUUAUGACCCCGCGAAAUCUCACUACUUUGCGACACUGAGGAGGAAUAUACCUGAUCUAAGUUCGCCAUCAAAUUCAACGCCUCAACAUUCCGCAUGGGAAUAUCCCGAUUCUGGCAUGUCAUCUUCUGGUAGACAUGAUGAAUAUCCUGCUGCUCCUCCCAUGAUUGGGAAUCUAAGUCGGUUCAAAAAUCACACAGUCCAUCUAAGUCACCCAGCAAGCUCAAGUCGUACUGUUUAUGAUCCUUCGACUCCUCCUUUCCAUCCAGCUAUAUCUCCGAAGGCACAACAGCUCUUCAUUUCACGCAAGGAAGAAGAAGAAAACGAACUUGCUCGCAUAACCUCGAGUAUUCAUCGCUCGCUAGCGAGUCUACCAGAUCAUCAUGCUCAUCAACAAGUUGCAUCGAGCUCUACUGUAGAUCUGACCCCUUCAUCUGUAAUUGCUGCUGCGAAUACGCUAGCAAAUAUUCCACAUACUGGCCGCAGAACACAACUUAUUACACCAAGUUCCUCUACGUCUCAAAGCUCUUCAUCUAUCACGCCUUCCAUGAAACAAGGGCAAUCAAGGAAUAAUCCUUUCAUUAUCCAAGAUGAUAUGGGGUUUGUGCGAACGUUUCAGCCAGAAUCAGACCCGAAUCCAGCUUCAAUCAAUCCACUACCGACUACUACCAGUACAGACCCUACAUCUUUCUCUACCAAUCCUGUGGUGCUGCCUUAA